CGGGCCGUGAGCGCCAUGGCCGUGGCCCCCGCGGGCGGCCCGUGCGCGCCGGCGCUGGAGGCCCUGCUCGGGGCCGGCGCGCUGCGGCUGCUGGACUCCUCGCAGAUCGUCAUCAUCUCCGCGGCGCAGGACGCCAGCGCCCCGCCGGCCCCCGCCGGCCCCGCCGCGGCCUCUCACGACCCCGACCUGCUGCUCUUCGCCACGCCGCAGGCGCCCCGACCCACACCCAGCGCGCCGCGUCCGGCGCUCGGCCGCCCGCCGGUGAAGCGGAGACUGGACCUGGAAACUGACCAUCAAUACCUGGCUGAAAGCAGUGUGCCCGUCCGGGGCAGAGGCCGCCACCCGGGGAAAGGUGUGAAAUCCCCUGGGGAGAAGUCACGCUACGAGACCUCACUGAACCUGACCACCAAACGCUUCCUGGAGCUGCUGAGCCGCUCCGCUGAUGGUGUUGUUGACCUGAACUGGGCAGCCGAGGUGCUGAAGGUGCAGAAACGGCGCAUCUAUGACAUCACCAACGUCCUUGAGGGCAUCCAGCUCAUUGCCAAGAAGUCCAAGAACCACAUCCAGUGGCUAGGCAGCCACACCACAGUGGGCAUCGGCGGACGGCUUGAAGGGCUAACGCAGGACCUCCGGCAGCUGGAGGAGAGUGAGCAGCAGCUGGACCACCUGAUGCACCUCUGUACCACACAGCUGCGGCUGCUUUCUGAGGACUCUGACAGCCAGCGCCUGGCCUACGUGACCUGCCAAGACCUUCGGAGCAUUGUGGAUCCUGCAGAGCAGAUGGUCAUGGUGAUCAAGGCUCCUCCUGAGACCCAGCUCCAAGCUGUGGACUCUGCAGAGACCUUUCAGAUCUCCCUUAAGAGCAAACAAGGCCCCAUCGAUGUUUUCCUGUGCCCUGAGGAGAGCGUGGGCGGGAUCAGUCCUGGGAAGACCCCGACCCAGGGCUUGGCAUCUGGGGAGGAAGACAGGACAGCUGACUCUGACACCUUGGUUCCACCUUCGUCAUCUCCUCCCUCACCCCCUGCUAUGGAUCCCAGCCAGUCCCUUCUCAGCCUGGAGCAAGAACCGCUGCUAUCCCGGAUGGGUGGCCUCCGAGCCCCCGUGGACGAGGACCGCCUGUCCCCACUGGUGGCAGCCGACUCGCUCCUGGAGCACGUGCGGGAGGACUUCUCCAGCCUCCUCCCCGAGGAGUUCAUCAGUCUUUCCCCUCCCCAGGAGACCCUCGACUACCACUUCGGCCUCGAGGAGGGGGAGGGCAUUAGAGACCUCUUUGACUGUGACUUUGGGGAUCUCGCCCCGCUGGAUUUCUGAGGAGGCUUCGGGGGGGAGGUGUCUCCUGAGAUGCCCCCCUGGCUGUCUCUGCAGCCCCGGAGCCGCUUGCCUCUGGCCGUCCUCCCAGCCUGAUUGGAAAUGUUUAAUUUAUUCCCCUCUCCUAUCUCCAGUGGCUUCUCGCUCUGGGAUCUGGCUGUCGCCAGGAAGGGGGGAUUCUGUUUGCAGUGUGUGUGUGCUUAUCCCUAACACCCCCCACGCGUGUACCUGGGGUGCAUGUGGUGUGAGCGUGCCUGUGUGCGUGGACCGGGGAAUGAAGGUGAACACAUCUGUGCGUGCACUGCAGACGCACCCCAGUGUGUCCACGUGUGUGGCGUGCGUCCGUGUGUGCGCGUGAGGGGGCUCGAACUGCACUUUCGGUCUCCUUGCUCCAGGGGCCCCACGAGGCCCAGGGCAGCCCCCUGCCCCCAGCAUCCUGUGUGCUGAGUGGGCCAGGUGGGAGCCCUUGGCUGUGAGGGUACAGGACAGUGAGCACUUCUGUCUUAAGGGUUUCCUGACCGAAGCUUUAAUGGAGCGUUAUUUAUUUAUCAAGGCCUCCUGGGUAGCCUGGGAAUGAGCAAAGGGUAGGAGGGAGGAAGGCCUGCAGAGCUGACUCCCUGUCCCUGAGCAGAGACGGGGCUCUGAGCUGUUCUCACCCCGCCCGGAAGGAGCUGAGGCCUGAGCGAUUUAUUUAUUGGGAAAAGGAGGGAGGGAGACAGACUGACUGACAGCCAGCCAGCCAGCCAGCCGUGAGUGAUGGAGGGGGUGGUUCCUCCCCAGAGAGUCACUGCAGGUCCCCAGCCGUCCCCCAGGUUGGCCGUGCGCAGGGAGAGGGGAGUGAGGGAUCUUCACUGAGGGUGGGCAGGAGGGGUGAGUGAGGGGCCUCUUGGGCCCAGACUGCAUGGGCCCCUCGUGUGGUCAGCUGACUGCUCCAUCCCACCCUCCAUCUGCACUUUGACUUGUUUCCUAACAGCUCUGUUCUCUCCUGCUUUGGUUUUAAUAAAUAUUUUGAUGAUGUU